AUAUAGAUAUAUACAUACAUAAAACACUGGUCAAAAUGGAUCAAGAAACGGUCUACGGCACACACGAAGAUAGCCAUGUUGUCAUGUCAGAGAAGGUACAGUCUCUGGCAGGCAGUAUCUAUCAAGAAUUUGAAAAGAUGAUAGCUAGAUAUGAUGAGGAUGUAGUGAAAGACUUAAUGCCACUGCUAGUCAAUGUGUUAGAAUGUUUGGAUAUAUCGUAUACUGAAAACCAAGAACGUGAAGUUGAACUAGAGUUAUUAAGGGAAGAUAAUGAACAGCUUGUCACACAAUAUGAAAGAGAAAAGCAAUUAAGAAAAGCAUCAGAUCAGAAACUUCUGGAGUUGGAAGAUGUUUCCGAAGAUGAGAGAAAAGAGCUUCUGUCAAAAAUUGAUAGCUUAGAAUCUAUUGUAAGAAUGUUGGAGCUCAAGACCAAGAAUUCACAUGAUCAUGUUGGACGUCUCGAAGAAAAAGAAGCAGAACUGAAACGCGAGUAUUCCCGGCUGCACGACCGAUAUACAGAACUAUUCAAGACUCAUGUCGAUUAUAUGGAAAGGACCAAGAUGUUGGUUGGUAGCACAGAAAGAUUAGAAAGUGUAUCUGCUGGCCGUGCACCAUCCAGGUUACCUUCCCUUGGACUUGCUCAUAUGUCGCGUAGUUCCGGCCCGUUGAGUUAUGGUUUCCAGAGUUUGGAAGCUAGUAUAAAUGCCGAAGAUGUCCACGAGGAUAUCGUACCAAAUACCGCUAAUUUAAGAACGGAGAUGUUGGAUAGCAGCAGUGAAGCUGCUAUUGAAACGUCUGACAAAAGCCAACUAACUGAUCAACCAGUACAAGAAAACAAGACUACAGCUAUAUCUAGACACGAAAGUCCGGAAACUGAAGUACCGCCAACUUUAGUUACGCCAACAACACCUACUGUGGAAAAGUUUGCUACUACACCAAGUGGUAGAAGCAGAACUGAAAGAGAACAACGAAGCGGCAAUACGUUGUAUCAAGAACUAAGCUUUCAGGAUGCGGAUGCUCUCGGCGAGAUGGACGAAGGAGCUGAUAUUACUGGAAGUUUAGUUCAUCCUGGCGAAUAUGCUUCAUCAGUCAAUGACAACUUCUUUGGUAUGGGGAAAGAAGUAGAAAAUCUUAUUAUGGAGAACAAUGAGCUGCUAGCCACAAAAAAUGCGCUUAAUGUUGUCAAAGAUGAUCUAAUUGUUAAGGUGGAUGAAUUGACGAGUGAGCAAGAGAUAUUACGCGAAGAAGUUCGAGGAUUAAAACAGGCACGGGAUCGAUUACGGCAACGAGUCGUCGCACUCGAAGAGGAGCUGAAGAAAACCAAGGAGGAAGCGGAAGCAGCGGCUAAAGCGACGAAAAGCGACGACGAGGAAGACGUGCCACUGUCACAGAGAAAGCGAUUUACGCGAGUGGAGAUGGCGAGGGUGCUCAUGGAACGAAAUCAAUAUAAAGAAAGAUUUAUGGAGCUUCAAGAGGCUGUCAGGUGGACGGAGAUGAUACGAGCCAGUAAAACCGACCCUUCCAGUAUCUCGGGAGCGAAAGGUUCAGUGUGGAAGUUUUUUAGUAAUCUCUUCACGGGACCGGCCGAUCGAGGGACCUUGGUGCGUUCUACCCACACAUUACCGCAUGUACGUUAUAGUGCUCCGGCUAACCAGGUCGUACCAGCGCCGCCUUUGGAUGCCAUGCGUAGACGUACGUUGAAAAGUCGUCAAGACUUUCUCGACCAAGGAGACACCAUAGAUACCUGGUUUUUCUGGCUUUCGGUGGGGUGCUUGUUGGUCAGCAGAUCGUCCGAAAAACUCGUAGCGAGACGUGCAAGCGAACGAAGAGAGCAGUAUCGCCAGGUGCGAGCGCACGUCAGGAAAGAGGAUGGUCGUCUUCAGGCAUACGGGUGGAGCUUGCCAGGAAAACCGAGUGCGCCUGUCAGACAGCCUGUCCCAGUGCCAGUCUACUGCCGACCGCUGCAAGAAACCGAGCCAGGUAUGAAGAUCUGGUGCGGUGCCGGUGUCAACCUGAGCGGCGGUAAGACGCGCGACGGCGGUUGCAUGAUCGGCGGUAGUGUGUUUUACGCCGCUGAGGCGCGAGAAACGAGCAACACGAAGACGGAUGCCGAGGACGCGGUUGAACAUCUGGACAAAGAGCUGCAGGAAAACGAGAACCGGCGACUCGAGGCGGAACGAUGGGAUCAGCAGCUUAGCUCGCUCGUCUGGAUCUGCACUUCGACGCAGAAGAUGUCGAAAGUCACUGUAAUAGAUGCGAAUAAUCCGGCAGACAUUCUGGAAGUGUUCAACGUUUGUCAGGGACAUUUGCUUUGCAUCGCUAGUGUGCCCGGUGCCAAAGAGAGCGACUAUACCCAGUCCUCGAAUGAAAAUUCAAUUCGUACGACGAAUGGGACUAACGACAGCGAGAACAACAACGGUGUUAACGAGGACGUUACGAACGCGAACGAGAGUAACGAGCAGAACGGUCAGAAAAAUCAUCAGGACGGUGAACUUCUUGUUGACAAGAGCAAGAGCGAAUCCGACAAUCCGUCUGAUGAUCAAGCGAACGAGAACACCGAGAAGACUGCCGAGACAGAUCAGAAUUCGACGAACGAACCCCAGAGUCUGGAAAGUAUAGACAGCGAAACGGCGAACCUAGGAAAGGUUCAUUUUGUACGUUGCAGUGCUGAUGUGUUCCCGUCGCGGUUGAACGGCAAGGACACCGUGAACGAGGAGACGAAGGAAGAAGAGGUCGGCGAAGAGACGCCCAUCGAGAAGAUGUCGUCUAUACAACCGACCAUGUGGCUCGGUGCUCAGAACGGCGCAGUUUUCGUUCAUUCAGCCGUGGCCAAGUGGUCAGUGUGCUUGCAUUCCGUGAAACUGAGAGAUGCAGCGUUAGCUAUUGUACACGUGCAAGGUCGAGUCCUGGUUGCUCUGGCGGAUGGCACCGUUACGAUAUUUCGCAGAGGCGCAGAUGGACAAUGGGAUUUGUCCCAGUACCAUGUGAUUACGUUAGGUAGUCCUCAACAUUCCAUCAGGUGCAUGACCGCGGUUAGCGGAAAGACUGUUUGGUGCGGAUACAGAAACAAGAUUCACGUGAUCGAUCCUAUUUCAAUGACCCUCGAGUGCACAGUCGAUGCGCAUCCUCGUAGAGAGUCUCAAGUGCGGCAGCUCGCCUGGUUGGGUGAGGGUGUGUGGGUCAGCAUCAGACUCGAUUCGACGCUAAGGCUUUAUCACGCUCAUACCUAUCAACAUUUGCAAGACGUCGAUAUAGAGCCGUACGUCAGCAAGAUGCUCGGUACGGGCAAGCUCGGAUUCUCCUUCGUGCGCAUUACUGCCUUACUAAUUUCUUCAAAUAGGCUGUGGAUCGGUACCGGCAAUGGUGUGAUAAUAUCGGUGCCGCUGUCAGAAAGUGCGGGCGGUUCAAUGGCGGUAUCCAGAGUGCAGGCAGGAAAUAAUAAAAGUGACGCGCCUGGAGUUGGCGUCAGAAUCUUCGCGUCGGAUCGUGGGGUCACUCCGGGAAGCUUCAUACCCUACUGCAGCAUGGCUCAUGCGCAGCUCAGCUUUCAUGGACACAGAGACGCUGUGAAAAUGUUCGUUGCCGUACCUGGUCAUGGUGGUCAGAGCGCGAUAACGGACGGAACACAGCCUGCGAUGCUUGUUCUUUCCGGCGGUGAGGGUUAUAUUGACUUUAGGGUUGGUGACGGGGAUGAAACAGAGGAGGGUAUGGACCGAUCGAAUGCCGCAGUUAACAACACGGAAGAACACGGCGAGCAGAGUCAUCUGAUCGUAUGGCAGGUGCAGUGUCCUUUAUCGAUGCCAAUGAAUGGCUAGCCUACGGACAGAGGUAACGAGCGCGAGCCGACGGACGAUCCGGCUUACGACGACGCAACGUCGUUGACGAACGAUCAUUGGAUCGUAGAUUGUGGAUUGUGGGACGCAAUUGUACCCGAGCAAGCUGUUUUCGUCGUCGCGAACUAAUGUGCUACCUAUCUAUUCACCUAAAUAUAAAUACUUGUGUAACGAUCGUAGCGGAGUACGUUAAUAAAUUCUGAAGUAACUAGUGCGAUCUCGCGUUAGCGGAGCAAUCACGGCGCUGACGACGUACCGAGUCACUUACUUUUUCGGAAUUUUACGAGCAAUCGUGCUGUUUUAUCUCGCAACAGAAGUGCGUCGGAAGACUCCACAAGUCUCUCCGCGCCAUGACUAGAAUCUCAAUCCUUCUCAAUGCCGACAACUUCUCGCUUUUCUCGCGUUAAGCCGCACCCCGACCUUUAAGCUUUUACGUAGGAAUCGAGCGCGACGAGAGAUAGAAUCGAAUUAUAUAAAAAUUCAAUCGAAUUGAAUUAUCUUACGCGAGGCGCGUCGAGAUCUUUCUCGUGCCGAUGUUAGUCAGACGAGUGUUCAUUUCGGAAUAUCGUGCUCCACGGACGGAAAUGUUGACAAGUCCGUCGACCGUAAUUUCCGGCAAUCAUUGUGAUAAUACGACGAAGAUGUUAAUACACGAGGCGAUAAAUUUCGACGAGAUGCUGCCGUGACACACAUUUGCUACACACAUCACCGCAAUAAAAAUUGUUCAUCAUUUGUUCAAAGUACCUCGCGUAUGUAUGUGCCUGUUCGCGAUAUCCUGCAUAAUCGCUGUUUGUACACGCGGUAUGUGCGAAGGAAAUGUAAUAAGGUGCGUGCGACUCAGGCAGACUUUUAAGCAUAAUGUAAUCUUACGUUAUCUAAUUGUUAUGUAAUCAUUAUGUUACGUUAUCUUAUGUCGGGCAGUAUAUUAUUUCCUUGAUCUAAUCGCUUUUAUUCGCAUACAACGUAUCGAGCAUAACGAUAAUAAUAUAAUAAUAUUAAUAUAAUAAUAUUAACAAAAUAAUAUAUAUUCCGUUUCUCUUCUUGAUCAAGCGUCGAUGGUGUAAAUAAUAUGUUUAUAUAGCGCUCUGUGUGUAGAUCCGUGAUCUUUUAAUUAUUUUUUCGCGUCAGCUGCAUGGGCUGAUCGUUUUACGUACGUCAAGCGAAAGAUUCCGUACAAGGGGAAAAUAAGAGAAUAUAACAUAUGCUGAAUAGUGUAACUAAAAACAAAAAUUUGAUCGAAUUGACAAAAAUCAGCUGCGUGAUAUACACGAUGUGCGAGCAACUGCUAACUAAAAUACAGUGGAAACCAGAGACCGCUGCUUUUUUGUCUGUAUUCUUGUCGGCAGCAGUAAGAGCAGCAGUAUUAUAAAUAAGUAAUGGUAUAAAUAACCGUAACGUUUAUUAUUUAAAUGAAAUUUAUUUUACUUUUACUUUUUGAUUAAGCAGUUAGAAUCUUACUCGGCUAAACGUAGCGUCUUUUGGCGGCUCAUGCGAUCGUUAGGAACGACAAGGCCGACGAUGUACAUAAUACUACGUUAAUAUAGCGCCGUGUGUGUAUGUGUUUGUAGAUCCGUAAUUGAAUUUGUUUCGCGUCGGUGAACGAAAGAGCGGAGUAAUUUUACAUGCCUGUAAACCCAGUGUCCUCUGUUUUUGUGACCCUAACAUCACCCACAGUGUACUACCAAAGAGGUGAAAUGUAAUAAUUCGAUUAUGUUGUUUAUAUAAAUUGCGACGAAGAAACUGUAUCCCAGUGAGCAAUCUGUUAGCAGAUUGACGACAGAUUCAAUCAGGUUCUGUCGACAGAUUCAUAGGCAUCUGUAUCCGUAUUCGGCUUGUGUUUUGUCGACAGAAUCUGCUUGUAUAAAUCUUGUUGUAUUUCUGAUAGCAAACUGCUGACAAAGUCUGCAGCAAGUACUAUGCAAAAUCUGCUCUUGCAGAUUUGACCAUCUGGAUGGAUAUGUUUUGUAUUUUUGCGUGGCCUCGCGAGUCAUGGGGCGUUUACAUCUUUCGACAGUCGACGGUAUCUCUGAUGAUAUUGAUCCGGUGAUGAUAAAGUUUUGUAAAGUUCCCACGUCGAGGUGCGCGACGCGGCACAACGGUUUAGGAUACGAUAGAAGAACUGCGUAAUUAUCGUGCUGAGCUGGCUUUCGAUGUCGAGCUCGGAAUUGUACCUGGCUCGGGUGGCGUUGUAACGGCAUUAAUAAACGAAGUUGCGGAAACAGA